AUGUCGCAGGCUGCCGUGCUGCAAGACCCAGACCUGGGGGCACGUAUUGAGCACGCAAUGCGGCAUGCCUUCAGCUGCCGCCACGAGCGAGUGGCCAUCGCUGUGUUUGGCCCAGCAGCAGAUGGCGGCUUUUACCUGCUGGCUCUCAGCACCCUGCCAUCAGGGCUGUUCCAGGGCAUCCAGUGGAGCACACCAUCUGCCCUAGCCAACAACCUGGCCAACGCUCGGCGGCUGGGCCUGCAUGUUGCACCCUUGGAGGCCAUGGACACGCUGCCAGACAUAGACACUCUGCAGGACCUGCAGCGCUGGUGCAGCAGCAAGCAACACGCUCUGCGCCAGCAGCAUAAACACUCCUAUUUGCAGCAGCAGCUGCAGGUUGCCAAUGGCGUCAGCCUGUUGGAGGUUGCUCUCCAAGUUGCUGCAGGUUGUUCGACACCAUGA